AUGAACGCGACGAAGCGCAAGUUUACUGCUUUGCUCCAGGGACUCAACAGUCCCCGGCCUUCGACCUCGGACCACACGACGCCCAGGAAGACGGCCGACAUUGCUGCUGGUAUGGCCGCCUCCUCGCCGCUGUCCGCCGCGCAAAAGAAGCGCCGCAUGGGUGUCGCCUCCGCGGGCGGCGCCCCCGACGCCGCGUCCUCGUCGUCCCUGUCCCUGGCAUCUAUCUCGUCGCUGCGCAGGCCGCUGCAGACGCCCCCGCCCGCCGCCAGUCCGCCCGAGGUCGCCUCCCGGUACUGUCCUGGCGACCGAGAGCAGCUGCUGCGCCGGCUCGCCUCGUUCCAGGAAAUCACCAGCUGGACCCCCAAGCCCGACCGCGUGAGCGAGGUUGAGUGGGCGAAGCGCGGCUGGGUCUGUCACGGCAAGGAGCGCGUGCGCUGCGCGCUUUGUCACAAGGAGUUGGUAGUCAAGCUUAACCGCAAGGAGCAGGACGGCAAGGAGGUCUCCGUGCUAAUUGCGUCCGAGAUUGAGGAAGCGCUGGUGGACAAGUAUGCGGAACUCAUCAUUUCUUCACAUCAACCAGAAUGUCUCUGGAAAAAGCGUGGAUGCGAUGACACGCUUCUACGAAUAUUCUUCUCCAAUGCCACCAGCACCGUCGAGAGCCUACGGCAACGUUACGAUGAACUCUGCUCUCGCCAGUCCUUUCUCCCCUAUGAAUUCAAUCUCCGCCUUCCCGAAGACCUCGACAUUGACGCGGUACUCGGUCAACUGCCAGAAAACUUCUUCACUGAGCCCGCUCCCGCUGCCGCGGUAGCUGUCGGGCCGUCUCCCAACCGUACUGCGCUCGCCCUUGCCCUCACCGGGUGGCAAGGACUAUCCAACUCGCGGAUAGGUGCUGUUCCCAACACGGCCUCGUGUCAUACCUGCCAGCGACGUCUCGGGUUGUGGAUGUUCAAAAGCAAGGAAGUGGAUGAAAACGGCCAGGUAUUAGUGCCAGCGGCCAUGGACCACCUUGACCCUAUACGCGAGCACCGGUUCUUCUGCCCAUGGAAGACCCCGCAGGCUCAGACUAGAAUCGGCGCGACUGGAGAAGACGCGCAAGCCACGGCGUGGAUGACGCUGCUUCAGAUGCUCAAGAAUGAAUCUAGUCUACGCAGCAUCUACGAUGUACGCCACAAGAAACCCAAACCUGCCGCGGCGCCGGCAGAGAAGGAGAAGGAGAAGGAAAAUAAGAACCCCUCAACACCCCAGAAAGCAGCCCCGGUCUUGCAAGAGCCCAUGUCGAAUGUGUCUGCUAAGACGACGGUGCCCGAGCUCGACGAGGCAGACCGCGACGCCAAAGAUAAAGAACGAUGGGCUCGCCUGCGAAAGGUCAAGAGCCUAUUUGAUACCAAAGCGAGCCGAAAGUCCAAGAGACCAGUCACGCCGCAGUCAACAAAGGCAGCAACACCUCCAAGAUAA